AUGUAUAGAAAUAAAAAAAUUAUUUCGUCUCGAAGUUUGCGGCUUUUGAAAUCUGUUCUUCCUCCAUUGGAUUCAGAAGAUUCUGAAACUGAAGAUGAGACUGAAUUAUCAUUAAAAAAGAAAUUAAAUACCCCCACCGUGACUGUUUUAGACUAUUCUGAUAGCAGUACACACUCUUCAAGUCCUCCAAGUGGUGCUUCUGAACUAGAGAACUAUCUCUACGAUAUCGAUGAUUUUCCCAUGUUUGAUGAAUUAGGUACGGACAUCAACAAUUAUAUAAAUUUACCAACUACAAGUUACAAUGAUACUUUGGCUGAAGUUUCUAUUUCUACUUCUAAUUCUAUUUUAGAUUUGCCUAAUGUUGAACGAAAUAAUAUGAUUGAUAAUCCGAUUAAUUUAAGUAUCGUCGAAAAUAUAUUAGAUCUUUCUUCUCCAAAUAAUUUUCAAUCAGUUGAUUUACAUUCUGAUUCAGACUUAUUGAUUGUUCAAAGAAAAUCGGGUAGAUUAGCUCAAAUGUCCUAUGUGGAACCAAUGUCGGUAUCUUCAGUAUAUGUUGAAUCUGUUGAACCUCCUCCAUUAUCCACACUUAGAAACAAAACCAAAAAAAUGAUACGAAAAAAAAUGACUUUUAAAUGGACAAAACAGUUUAAAUUUCCUGUUGAUUUACCUCCGUUUAGGUAUUCUUCUAUACCUCAAAAUAUUUCAACUCCUUACCAAUAUUUCAAAAUGUUUCUUACAGAUGACAUUUUAGAACUCAUAUCAAAGCACACUAACAUAUAUAGUUCCCAAAAACUUGAUAAGUCUUUAGAAACAACAGUAGAAGAAAUAAAGCACUAUAUUGGAAUUGAAGUACUUAUGGGAAUCGUAGCAAUGCCAGCCUAUACUGAUUAUUGGUCAGCCGACUUAAGAUACAGUCAAAUUGCAGAUACCAUGCCUCUAAAACGUUAUCAAAUGCUACGUCGAUAUAUUCAUUUUGUUGAUAACGAAACAGUUGAUACUUCUGACCGUUUUUAUAAAGUAAGACCAAUUUUAGAAGGUAUAAGAAAAAAUUGUUUGUCGAUUGAACAGAGUAAACAGUUUUCAAUAGAUGAGAUGAUGAUUACUUAUAAAGGGACCAAAGCUGGUUCCAGAAGACAGUAUAUAAAAAUCAAACCAAAAACAGAAUCAUUCUCAGAAUAUGAAGAAACAUAUUUUGGGUUAGGACAAAAAGUUGUUCUCCAACUUUGUAAAACCAUUUCGGAUAAACCACUUACAGCUGUUUACUUUGACAAUUGGUUUACAUCACUGGAACUUGUGACGUAUUUAAGAAAAAAGUUCGGAAUUUUAAGCCUUGGAACAAUACAACAAAAUAGACUGCGUGGAUGUGAUAUCAUAAAUGACAAAGAUUUACUAAAAAAAGGAAGAGGAAGUUUUGAAAUGAGGUGUGAUAAUAAAAAAAAAAUUUCUGUUGUAAAAUGGGCAGACAACAAAUGUGUAACACUGGUAAGUUCAUUUGUACCUGUAAAUGAACAACCGUCUUCAGUUCGUCGCUAUGAUAAAAAUAUGAAAGCUAAAAUUCCUAUUAAUUGUCCAACAAUAAUUAAAGAGUAUAACUCUAAGAUGGGUGGUGUUGAUUUAGCUGAUAUGCUAGUAUCUUUAUAUCGUACUGGUCUAAAAUCUCAUCGUUGGUAUUUGGCUGUAUUUUCACAGUUAUUGGACAUAUCUGUCAACAAUGCGUGGUUAUUAUAUAGGCGUGAAUUUGAAGAGUUAAAUAAUGAUUUAAACGUUAAAUAUAUGCCAUUAAAACAAUUUAGAACCGCAAUAGCUAAAACUCUUAUUAACCAAAGAAAACCUGGCAGACCAAUAAAAGAAUUGCUAACUAAUCCACGAAUUCAGAAAUUACCCAGGUCAAGGCCUACAGAUGAUGUACGCUUGGAUAACGAAGACCAUUUACCCAAAAAAAUUAAAAAAGGACGAUGUAUGUUGUGCCCCAAAGGUCAGACGGUUUAUAGUUGUACUAAAUGUAACGUGAGACUUUGUACUCUUGACGAAAGAAACUGUUUCUACACUUAUCAUAAGCAGAAAUAA